AUGGCGAUUCCGCGAUAUCUGCGUCGACCUGGGGAUGAAGGAUACCGAACUCCCACCAUCGAAGACACGGAGAAGAACCUCUCGCUCUCGUUUGUAUUUCCAUCUCAGCCGCCGACCCCUCGCUGUCCCACGCCGCCUGUCCUGUCGCAGUUCCGUCAACGGCCGCCGCUUGCACAUAACCUGCCCAAAAUACACGGAGACGGCGAUGGGAAUGGGACGAUAACGCCAGUGCAGCUCCUGGAGAGCCAGCUCCCGUCACUCAGCUGGAGAGAGCGUAUUCAGCAUCUGACAUGGUCGUUUUUCACGCUGACGAUGGCCACAGGCGGGCUGGCGAAUGUCAUCCACUCGAUCCCUGUCGACGCCCGGUGGCUGGAGAUAAUCGGGCUUGUGAUCUUUCUGGUCAACCUGGCCUUCUUCGUGGCCAUCAGUACAUUGAUGUGUGUACGGUUUUAUCUAUAUCCAUACACCUUCAAAGCAUCGUUCCUGCAUCCGACAGAGUCGCUAUUUAUCCCUUCUGUGAUUGUGUCGUUCGGGACAAUUCUUAUCAAUGUCGCACAGUACGGUCCCAGUCAUGCAGGAGAAUGGCUGGCCCAUGCAACAGUGGUUUUGUUCUGGUUUGAUGCAGCGUUGGCUGUUAUCUUAUCCGCAGGCAUCUAUCUCAUUCUGUGGUCGACACAGACGUUUACAAUUGCUAAGAUGACGCCUAUAUGGAUAUUCCCAGCAUACCCAAUGCUAAUUAUUGGCCCUCAUGCAGGAAUUCUGAGUGCCAGCGUGCCUCAGAAUCACGCUCUUCGAAUCAUUAUCGGUGGCUGGACUAUCCAGGGGAUUGGCUUCCUGGUCUCCCUCAUGGUAUAUUCUGCAUUCAUAUACCGAUUGAUGACGCAGAAGCUACCAAAUGAAUCCCUCAGGCCAGGGAUGUUUGUAUCUGUCGGACCCAGCGCGUUUACAGUAGCAGGGAUCCUAAGCAUGGCCGAAAAUACUGCCAGAUCACUGCCUGCCGACUUCAUGGGAGACGGAGAACUAACAGCAAAGAUAAUCUAUGUCGUUUCGAACUUUGCAGCUCUGUGGCUAUGGGGGCUGGCGGUCUUCUUCUUCUUUAUAGCAGUCUUUGCCCAUUGGACACCAGCUCGUCGUGGGCGGAUGACCUUUUCGAUGACCUGGUUCUCCUUUGUGUUCCCCAACACCGCACUGACAACGGCCACCUUUGCUGUGGGAAGGGCAUUCAACAGCAAUGGCAUCCAAAUAGUUGGCUAUGCCCUUACAAUCCUGCUCUUCAUCACCUACUUCUUCGUAUUCUUUAUGAUGGUGAGGGCGAUCCGGGGUCGCCAGAUUCUGUGGCCGCAGAAGGGAGAGGACAAGGACGAGGGAGGAUUCAAGAUCAAAGAACACAAGCCGGAUGCUAAUGGCGUCCUACCAACACACUCGUAG